AGGCCACUCCAGAACCUUGAUAUGCCUCUUACGGAGCAACUCCUUGGUUAUCCUGGCUGUGUGCUUCGGGUCGUUGUCAUGUUGGAAGACCCAGCCAUGGGACAUGUACACUGAUCAUCGGGGCACUGAUGAUCAGUGUGCCCUGAUGAUCAGUGUAGCCCCAGCAGUAGCACCUGUCAAUGUCCAUCAGUGCCUUGUGUCAGUGCUCAUCAGUGCCUCGUGCCAGUGCCCAUCAGUGCCACAUCAAUGCCACAUAUCAGUGCCUACCAGUGCACACCAAUGCCACAUAUCAGUGCCCAUCUGAGCUGCCUUUCAGUGUCACCCAUCAGUGCCACCUAUUACUGUCAAUCAGUGCCAGCCAUCAGUGCUGCCAAUUAGUGCCACCUAUCAGUGCCAGUCAGUGCCACCAAUCAGUGCUGCCAAUCAGUGCCACCUAUCAGUGCCAGUCAGUGCCGCCUAUCAGUGCCAGUCAGUGUCGUCUAUCAGUGCCAGUCAGU